UUUGUUCUCUGGCAGCAUGCAAUAAGUUCCAAUUGUAAAUAAAAUAAUUCCUUUAUUUUAAGUGAUCACAAUAAAUUUAAUUAACGUAAAUAAUGGCUGAGAAUAUUCAAGGAACCUUUACUUCAGAAAAAAUCUCGAAAAUAAGAUGGAAACGUGAAGAUUUUACAGAAGCUAAAUCUUUUCUAACCGGCAGUUGGGAUAAUCCGCAUAACCGAGUUUCUUAUUGGACUUUUUUAACUGAUGAAGAAGAAACAUAUCCUGCCGUAGUUAUGUCAUAUCCUCUGCUUGGCGAUGUUACUGAGCUUCAAUUUAUUAAUAGAGAUUGUGUGGUGGCUUCAUCGUCAAUAGGAUCAGUCGUUUUAUUACAAAUUGAAGAGAGUCCAUUUAAUGAAUUUAAAGAACUUAUGAGUUGGAACAAUAUCCAUCAAUUCGAUACUGCAGAGAACGCUUCUUGCACUGCUCUGGCAACUUUCAAUCAAGAUAUUGCAACUGUAGGUGAAGAUGGAAGAAUAAACUUGUUAACAGCCCAACAAAAAAAACCUGUAAGAGUCAUAAAUGAUGCUGACAGCUGCUCAUUGGUUUGUAUUGACUUUCUUCGUCAUAAUGAAAUUCUUACGAGCAAUAUCAGAGGACAUAUGAAACUCUGGGAUUUAAGAGAUGAUUCAAAUACUCCAGCAACAACGUUCAAACAUCCAGAUGAAUUAAAAACAGAAGCGACUGAUAUCACACAUCAUCCAACUCAAAGGCAUAUCGUAGCAGCUGGUGGUGGUGAUGGCAGUCUUUCCAUUUGGGACUUGCGACAAAAUACUCUACCAAUAUCGCAAUUAUUAGCUCACUCCCAUGCUAUUAGUGAAGUAAUGUUUCAUCCUGAUAGACCUGAUAAUUUGUUUACCUGUUCAAUAAAUGGUGAAUUAUGGCAUUGGAAUAAUGUUCAAGGAUCUAAACUUAAACCUGAUGUAGAUGGUCAUUGGUUAGCAACUCGAGGAAUUGAUGCGAAAGUGAAUAUCAAUGAAUUAUGUACACCAAUGCACAAACCAAUUAAUAGUAUUGAUAUUGACAAAUCAACUUUGUUAUUCGGUUGUGAUAACGAAGCCUUAUCAUCAUCAUCAUCAACAGCAACGCCGGUAACACCAGUGACAACUACAGCAAAGACUCCAGGACAAAUUAAUCCAUACACAAAAUUACCAUUUACUGCAAGAUAUUAUGAAUUGUACAAAAAACGGAUAACACUGCCGGUCUUUGAAUACCGAGCAGAUUUUAUGCGCCUUCUGAAUGAAUAUCAAUGCAUAGUAUUAGUCGGUGAAACGGGAUCUGGAAAGACUACACAGAUACCACAAUGGUGUGUCGAAUAUUCGACUCAAGUUGGUUCAAAAAACGUAGCUUGUACCCAGCCAAGAAGGGUAGCCGCAAUGUCAGUAGCACAAAGAGUAUCUGAAGAGAUGGAUGUUCAGCUUGGCGAACAUGUGGGUUACAGUAUACGUUUUGAAGACUGUAGCUCGCCUUAUACUGUGUUAAAAUACAUGACUGACGGUAUGUUGUUGAGAGAAGGCAUGUCUGACCCAAUGCUUGAAGCUUACCAGGUCAUUUUAUUGGACGAAGCUCACGAGAGAACUUUAGCAACGGACUUACUUAUGGGUGUAUUGAAAGAAGUAACAAAACAAAGAACUGAUCUAAAAUUGGUUAUCAUGAGUGCGACUUUAGAUGCUGGAAAAUUUCAACAAUAUUUUGACAACGCACCAUUAAUGAAUGUACCAGGUCGAACUCAUCCGGUAGAAAUUUUUUAUACUCCAGAACCGGAGCGAGAUUACCUCGAGGCGGCUAUUAGAACUGUUAUUCAAAUACAUAUGUGUGAAGACGUGCCUGGAGAUCUGCUGCUAUUUUUAACUGGUCAAGAGGAAAUUGAAGAGGCUUGUAAAAGAAUUAAAAGAGAGAUGGAUAAUUUGGGACCAGAAGUUGGAGAACUUAAGUGUAUCCCACUAUAUUCAACUUUACCUCCCAAUUUGCAACAGAGAAUUUUCGAAGCUGCACCUCCAAAUAAACCAAAUGGAGCUAUUGGACGAAAAGUUGUUGUUUCCACUAAUAUUGCAGAAACUUCUUUAACUAUUGACGGUGUUGUCUUUGUGAUUGAUCCUGGAUUUGCUAAACAAAAAGUAUACAAUCCAAGAAUUCGUGUUGAAAGUCUUUUAGUAUCACCAAUCAGCAAAGCUUCAGCCCAACAGAGAGCUGGACGAGCUGGAAGAACGAGACCUGGAAAAUGUUUUAGACUCUAUACAGAAAAAGCGUACAAAAAUGAGAUGCAAGAGAAUACAUAUCCUGAAAUUUUAAGAUCCAAUCUUGGAAGUGUUGUAUUGCAGUUGAAAAAGCUUGGAAUUGAUGAUUUAGUUCAUUUUGAUUUCAUGGAUCCACCAGCUCCAGAAACGUUAAUGAGGGCAUUGGAAUUGUUGAAUUAUUUAGCUGCAUUAGAUGAUGAUGGAAAUCUAACAGACUUAGGAGCUAUUAUGGCUGAAUUUCCUUUGGAUCCUCAACUUGCCAAGAUGUUAAUUGCUUCUUGCAACCAUAAUUGCAGUAAUGAAAUCCUUAGUAUCACUGCCAUGCUGUCAGUCCCGCAGUGUUUUGUAAGACCAAAUGAAGCAAAGAAGGCUGCAGAUGAUGCAAAAAUGAAAUUUGCUCACAUCGAUGGUGAUCAUUUGACCUUACUUAAUGUUUAUCACGCCUUCAGACAAAGUUCGGAAGACCCACAGUGGUGUUACGAUCAUUUUGUAAAUUAUCGAUCUCUAAAAAGUGGUGAUAACGUUCGACAACAAUUAAGUAGAAUUAUGGAUCGAUUUUCAUUAAAACGGACAUCAACAGAAUUUACAUCAAAAGAUUAUUAUAUAAAUAUAAGAAAAGCUUUAGUCGAUGGAUUUUUCAUGCAGGUCGCACAUUUAGAGAGAACAGGACAAUAUUUAACGAUUAAAGAUAAUCAAAUGGUACAAUUACAUCCUAGUAGUUGUUUAGAUCAUAAACCAGAAUGGGUCAUUUAUAACGAGUUUGUACUUACAACUAAAAAUUAUAUCAGAACAGUAACAGACAUAAAACCUGAAUGGCUUUUAAAAAUUGCACCACAAUACUAUGAUCUACAAAAUUUCCCCCAAUGUGAAGCAAAGAGACAAUUGGAAGUAAUUCAAGCAAGAUUAGAAUCUAAACAAUAUCAGGAAGGAUUCUAACUGCUUUUAGGCCUAGAUAAGUUCGAUAAAAAGGUAAUAAUGAGUAAGGAAACAACAAUGUAAUGGUAUUGAUGAAUAUUUUUAUCCAUUAUACCGAUUAGCCACUUUGGCAUUUAAUUUGAUUGCCUUCAACGUCGAAUUAAUUGACUUAUAUAAGUCAACAAAUGUUUUUGAUAAUUCAGUAAUCGAUUAUGUCUGAAUACAUAAUAGAAACAAACUUUUCGAAAUAAUCAGUGAGAAAGAAAAAAUUAUUUUUCACAUUUGUCACAAUGUACAAUGAACCAUAAAAUCAACAAUUAAAAAAAUUAGAAAAUAAAAUUUAAAAAAACGUGACUUGACACAUUAAUAAAUUAAUUUUUGUAUUGGUUAUUACGAAAAAAGAAUGUGUCAAAUUACAUUACAAUAUUUUCGUUGUUCAUUCAGAACUUUUUUGAGUAUGCUUCAAAAAAAAAACCAUUUUCAUAUUCAUUAUUUUUAACCAUUUAAAAACAAAAAUUUUUGCGCACUUUUUAUAUUUAUUAAAUUAAAUUAGCUAUUAAAACUACAUCAAAUAUUUAUAUUCUUAAAUAUACACAUAUUAAUGAAGAAGUUAUAAUUGAUUUGACUUUUUAAUAUUGAAUUAAUUAAUAAAAAAAAAAAACAAUUGUUAGAUAAAAUAGUUUGAAGCAUAAUGUUGAAUGAAAAAUUAUAUGAUUUAUAUUUACUUUUAGUGUAGUAUUUACUAUUGACUAAAUAAUCGUGAAUACUUUCGUUGCGUAAACUUCAUUAAAUGUUUGUAAAUAAAUGGCAAAAUCAGAAAAAGAAAAUACCAACUAUUUUAAAAAGUGGUUAAA